UCUGGUGUUGGGGGUAGUGGUGUUGGUGGUGGUGGUGGUGAAGGAGGAAGAUGUGUUCAAUUGAUUUCAGCCAUGACAAAAUGAACCAGAACCACCAAGAAAAAAAAAAAAAGGUCUGUAUAUAAAGUGAACCCUUUGAUUCGUUUUUUGCUCAGCAGUUCUUCACAGUAGGGAGUAGAGAGAACGAAAGAAAAGUUAGCGUAGCGGGUCCAUGGAAUCGGCCGUAGCAAAACUGUAUAUCCGGAUGAAGCCAUUUUUGGCAGUAACUUUAUUACAAUCUAUCUAUGCAGGGAUGGAAAUAAUUUUUAAGUUUGCUCUAAACGAGGGGAUGAACCAACAUGUAUUGAUAGUCUACCGGUAUGCAGUUGCUACUGUUGUCACUGCAGCAUUUGCUACUGUCUUGGAUAGGAAAGUAAGGCCCAAGUUGACCUUCUCUCUCUUUGCUAAGAUCUUUUUUCUCGGCUUAUUGGAGCCUGUAAUCGACCAGAACUUGUACUAUACUGGGAUGAAGUAUACUACAGCAACUUUUGCAUCUGCAAUGCGCAAUAUUCUUCCAGCCUUUGCAUUCUUAAUGGCUUGGAUUUGCGGGCUUGAGAAGCUGUCAAUUAGGAGACUGCACAGCCAGGCAAAGAUAUUGGGGACCAUAGUCACAAUCGGGGGAGCAAUGCUUAUGACUCUGUUUUCGGGACCCAUGUUGAAAUCGCCAUGGACAAAUAGAAAUACCCACCAAAAAUCUACAAAUGCUGCAACUGAGCAAGAUCAUAUCAAGGGUGGUCUCAUGGUUAUAGCAGGUUCUGCCUGCUGGUCUGGUUUCAUCAUUCUCCAAAUGCCGAAAUUGUCUGGUGCCAGGAAGAGCCAAUGAAUUAACAUGGGUGCAUACAGUUAUGUUGCACCCCGCCUUUGCACUGCCGUGAAAGCGCUGGGCAGAGGAACUGUGGAGGACAUCAAGUACGCUGGCCGAGCUCUGCAGUUUUAGCUAGCAACCCACAGACCAACGUGGCAACAAUGAUGCUACAACCAGGCAUGGAAUCAGAUGUAGUAGGUAACAAUUUUGUGGAAGGGAUAUUAUUGGUUAUGGAGCUGAUCAUGAUUACAAAAUGCUAGUUCCUCACGUUAUUGGUUGAUGGCUAUGCUAAUCCAAUCAAAAUUCCCAAGAUAAUGGGGUCUCGAAAGUAAUCAUUAAUCAGAUGGAACAAGCGGAAGCCAUAUAUAUACAUCAGUCAGGAACAGUAAAUUAG